AUGGCUCAGCGACUCAAUCCACGCGCUCCCACCACCGCAACCGCCGGAUCCAGCUCUUCCGGCACCUCUGCGAUUCUCGAGCACGACUCGGGCGACGCUGCUGCGACCUCUGCGACGUCGCCCAUGGCGUCGGCCGCAGCGCCGUCCUCCACGGCGGGAGGCGGCCAUGAAGACGGCCCUGCGACGCUGAGCGACGCCGAGCGACGUCGCAUGGCGGGGCUGGGCAGCGGCGGCGCGGCGAGCAUCGGCGGGUUACCGCCGUCGCGAAGGCAUCGCACGGUGGCGGCGUUCGUGGCGAUGUCGCUCGUUCUGGCGGCUUACGUCAUGGGCGUCGCGCCGUCCCUGCCUCGUCUUGGCCGAGCCAUCCUCAGAAAGAGCCGCGCAUCCCACCCGUCCGACUCGAUCACGCGCCAGGGGGAGGCGAGGAAUACGCUCGUGCUGACCCAGCUGCGGCUGCUCAUCGCAUCCAUCGCAGCACACACCAGGUGUCCGCUCACCUUCCACCUCGUCAUCCCACCCGCCGACCUCAACCCCACUCUCGCCGCGCUGCACGCCUUCCCUGCUGUGCGCAUCCACCCGCUGCCCAGCCCUUUCAUCUCCGUCGCCUCUCCCCUCUCUGCCAACGCCAACGGCAGCUCCACUGGAGAGCCUGCUGGUGCUGGCUCGCUGCAGUUUGACGCUGUCGGUGCGUCGUCCGGGUACCAAGAGUCCAAAUCGGAUCUUCGGAAGCUCUCCGCCGUGCCUUUCUUGCUUGCCAUUCAUGCGCUUCCCAUGCGCUGGCUCAAGGCCCAAGCCAGGCUCCUAGGCACGCAUCCGAACCUGUCCCCUGACGGGCCUGCUGCUUUGGGUCGGUUCCUCCUGGCAGAUAUCCUUUGGCAGGUUGAAGCUGCGAUAGUGAUGCAACCAGACGUGAUUGUAGGAGGGGACGUGCAGGAACUCUGGAAAAUGAUUGAGAAGAGCAAGGGAACGAGCGAUCUUCUGUCGUUGAUUGUUCCUCUGGAAGAGGUUCAGGUGGGGGAGGAGGAGGAGAAGCAGCAGCAGCAGCAGCAGCAGCAGCAGCAGCAGCAGCAGCAGCAGCAGCAGCAGCAGCAGCAGCAGCAGCAGCAGCAGCAGGGAGGGCUGCUGGGAUUGGGGGGUUGGUUUAGGAGAACCAGGGCUCGAAUAUCGCUUGAUACGAUGCGAGUGGGGAAUGGCGUGCUGCUGAUGAAUCUGGAGAGGCUCAGAUUGCAUGGCACAGGCAAGCUUCUCUCCCGUGCACUACAACACCGUCCGCUCACACUCGAACCCCUUUUCGAUCACAACCGUCUUGAAUCCUCCCUCUUCCUCAUAGUCUGCCGCAAGUUCCCGCGAACAUGUGCUCCUCUAUCCCCGCUUUGGGCUAUUGAUGGUUGCUCUCCUGGCGCUCCUUUCUCUGGAUUCUCUUCUCACGGUCGAGAUGCUGCUACGGGAAUGUGCUGGAUGCUUGCACACAUGCAUUGCCAAGCACCUGUACGUGCAGAGAAUGUGAUUGAAGUGAAAGGGAAGGGACAAGGAGGGGAACUGGAGGGUGUUUAUGGGGCAUUGAAAGGAGAGGGGAGGGAGCAGGAGAGGGAGGAUGCUGUAGGCGUGUAUAGGUUGCCAGAUGGGGCUGGAUGGGAAGAGGCCGUCCAGUUCGCAAUGAAUUAUUUUGCGGCAAGUGGUGGGGAUGGGAGGGGGGGAUAA